CAUGGGAAUCUCCCGAGCUCGCUCAAGCACCGUUUGUAUUCUCCUUUUGCUCUCGCUGAGCUUAUUAUUUUCCUGUGCUUUCUCUAAAUCUCCUCGUCCUAUAUCCGAUGCGGAGAUCAGGGAGAAGAAGAACCAAUGCUAUGCUGAUAUUGAGAGUGGGCUAUGGGGUUGGCAAUGCAAAGCUUCUUCCAUAGCAAAAGAGAAUUGUGCGCUGCGAUGCCUUUCUCCGGUUUGCUAUGAGCUCAUAUAUGAGAGUGAUCCCCUUGAAGAAGGUGAAAAAGAUUUGAUUAGGAGCCAAGAAUACAAAUAUUGUAUGUACAAGUCUUCGCUCGGGGAGAGCUUAGAUGGUGUUCGAGGCAGCUUUUUAUAGAACCAAAGCCAACAAGACUCUCUUUAAUUGUGUAGCAUUCUGCUCUUCCAUGUUUGUAAGACUUCGAUUUUGUUUCAAACGCUCAUCAUUUGAAAAAUAAAAUUGCAGUUCUGCAUAAAUUUGUGAUUUUGUGAGCUUGUACUAUCCACAGUUGUGUAGCUUUACACAAACGUGGCAACACACGAGCAAUAGAAGCGAUGAGGAACUUCACUUUUAGAUUGA